AUGCGCGUACCUUGCCCGCUGCCUCAUGCUGGCUGCCCUUCGUUCGAGAGGAAAGGCUCCGUUCAACGGAGCCGCGUCUCUCUUCGGUCUUUGCUCGUUUGCUGCCUUGGCUUUGCGUGCCUUUCGCUUUUUCUCUCGGCCGUCGAAGUCGGGGCGACCGGCUGGUUUUUCCGCUUCCUGCCGCUCCAGAGACUCGAGCAUGCGCGCCUCCACGCCUUGAAGCAGCAGCAGGCGCGAGCGACUGGAGGCGGAGGCGGAGACAGGGGAACACAGGCCGCCUCCUCUCUCCGGAGUCCAGGCCCUGCCUCGCUGACCGGCUUCUUUCGGCGCUUUGUUCUCGCGUUCCAAAGGUCUGCGAGCCGUGCGCAAGUCGUGCUCGCAUGGCGACACCGCAGCGAGGCUGCAGGCCGGCCCGAGGGGGAGGCGGAAGAGCGGCGAGGCGCGAGCGAGCCGCGAGAGAGAGCGCCGCGAGCCACUGAGAAGCCGGAGGCAGGCGAGACAGAGACACUGCGCUUCGAAGAGGGCUGGUUCGAACAGCCCCUCGACCACGGAAAUCCUCUUGUCUUCAACCGCCCGAGUCACGAAGCCUGGAAACAGAAGUUCUUCAGCGCCAAGAGGGAGCGGCGAGGCGCCGCGCCGAACUGCUACUCUAGCGCAGCAAAAAAUGCAGAGAAAAAUGGCGGCAAAUCAGGGAAAAACAUCCAAAGCGAGGACGAGAAGGAAGGGUCUGCAGGCCGCAAGCGCCAGAUGCGAGAGAACUUUAGUGCGGGAAAUGAAAAGGAAACGGAAAAAGAAAACUGCCACAGAGAGCCGAUUCGGCCUAUUUUCGUUUACAUCGGCGGAGAAGGGCCGCUCUCGUCAACGGACGUUAGAGAAGGCCUUAUCGCCGAAAUGGGCGAUGUAUUCGGAGCGGAUCUGUACGCGCUGGAGCAUCGGUACUACGGCGCCUCGCAUCCGCGCCCGGACUCGACAGUCGCGAAUCUCCAGUGGCUCACUUCGCAUCAGGCGCUGGGGGACCUCGCGGCCUUCGUCGCGUACGUGAAGCGGGACGCGGCAGAGUCGCACGCGGAGGAUCUCAGUCCAGCGGACAUUCCGGUGAUUGUGUUUGGCUGCUCAUAUCCUGGUUCCCUCGCAGCGUACGCGCGAUCCAAGUACCCCGCCUCGAUUCUGGGCGCGAUUGCAUCUUCCGCCCCGGUGCAAGCUUCGGCGGCCUUCACGGCCUUCGACGCAACUGUCGGCCGCGUGCUGCCCGCCGCCUGUCGGGACCGAGUGAAGGCGGCGACCGCGGUGGUGCAGCGGAGAGUCUUUGCCGGCGACGCCGAGGCGGCGGAAACCGCGGCGAAGUUCGGAUGUGGCGCGGACGUCCCCAUGAAGACACACGACCAGCGCGUGGCGCUUCUCUACGUCAUUGCCGAUGCUGUCGCAGAGUCGGUUCAGUACAACCGCUAUCCCAAGCGGCCGUGGAUCGAGAAGGUCUGCUCAUGCUUCCCUGAGGACGCGGACUCGGAACCCGAGACCGGUGCGGCCGUGUCUCGCGAAGGAGAGGAAGAGGAGAAGGAAAACGCCAGGCGCGGCGACGAGGCAGCAGCCGAAGAAGCACGCGCAGCGCGGCGGGACGACAGGCUCGUUGACGGUCUCGCGAAGGCCGUACAGCUGAUGCUUGGCGAGCUGAAACUGACAUGCAAGGACUCGAACAUGCUGCAGCUGACAGACACGCGAUUAGGGCCGCAGGCAUCGAGCAGCGCCCGUCUGUGGAUGUGGCAAAGCUGCGCCGAGUACGGCUUCUGGCAGGUGGCUUUCAAGAACAGCGUCCGGUCCCCCCUGAUCGACCUUAAGUGGCACAUGCGCAUGUGCAAUGCGCUCUUUCCUCUUCCGGCAGGGAGUGAGUUCAGCACAGACGUGGUCAGCGAAACGAACGUGUGGACGGGCGACAAGACGCUGGCGGGCGUCGGCGCUGCGACAAACAUCCACUUCACAAACGGAGAAUAUGACCCCUGGGCGCCUCUCUCGGUUACUGAGGUCCCGCCGCGUGCAGCAGUGCGCCAGGGCCUCUCUUCCUUCAUUGUGCAGAACGGCAGUCACUGCAACGACUUCUACGCGUACGAGGAGGGCACAGAGCCUCUGCCUGUCAUGGAGGCGAAGGCGCGCAUUCAGCACGCGAUUCGCCUCUGGCUGGAGGAGUUUCGCGCGAGUCGCCAGCAGCUGAGAGAGAAGAAAGCGAAAGCAGAAACGUCGCACCUUUCCUCUUCAGCUGCACCUGCAGAAAGCGAGCUCUGA